GACAGAAGAGCAGCAUACAUGAUGUAUGGGACACUAAUGAUCUCACUUCCUGACUCUCCUUACCUAUUAGUGUAUGUAUAGUGGGUCAGAAAGUACCAAUGCUAUCUUCACACAUACGUACGGCACUGGGUGUGGGGCACACAAUCUAUGCCUGCAGCAUUUUGUGUGAUUUGUUUCGGUCAUCAAGCAUCAGGUUUUGAAAGCACUAGUCGGAGGCAAAGUGGCAGAUAUUGUGACACGGCUUACCUUUCUGAUAUCAUUAGGGAUUUAUGCACACUGGGUGUUGUGAAGAAUUAGCGAGUGUUGCUGUCUUAUUGAGUGCAGUGCAUCAGUGCAGUGGUGUGGUUCAGCUAUGAUGCAUUUGUCAAUAACUAAGAAAGCUGAGGUGCAUUGGUCAGCAUCACUUAAAGAAGAAUGCAAGACUGUCCUCCUUCAACCAGAUGACACAAGAAACAUAAAUAAGAAAGUUGAUGAUGAGAUUGUUGAAAUGGCUGACAACCUUUAUGACCAUCACGAAGUUGACAAGCUCUAUGAAUUCCUCUCGCAAUACAAGGAUUCAAAGAAUGAUGAGAUUCAGUGGCGACUUGCGAGGGCUGCAUCUGAUAAGUCAAAGAAGGAGACAGAUGAAACAAAGAAGAAGGAGCUCACGUAUGAAGGCCUCCAUCAUGCUGAGAUUGCUGUGAAACUGAAUGAAAACAACUUUGCUGCUCACAAGUGGUAUGCUGCACAACUAGCGUAUGUUGGUUUCUAUGGCAAUUUCAAGAUUCAGAUACAAAAUUCGUACAUUGUACGAGAUCAUUUUGGUUGGUAUUCCAUACUGUUGGACUACAUGGGUCGAUAUGAGGGAGUCAAAUUCCGAAUAGCUAACUCUUUUGGUGUUAAGGAACACCUUCUGAAAGCAAUUGCGCUGAAUCCACAAGAUGCAACAUCGAUUCAUUCUCUGGGAUAUUGGUGUUUUGUGUUCGCUGACAUGCCUUGGUAUCAAAGAAAGAUUGCCUCAAUGUUGUUUGCUACACCUCCUACAUCAACGUAUGAAGAGGCGCUUAAAUACUUCCUAGAUGCAGAAAACGUUGACCCCAACUUUUACAGCAUGAACCUGACAAUGUUGGGAAAAACAUACAUGCGCAUUGGUAACAAGAAGAUGGCACUGCUGUAUCUGUCCAAGGCACAUGAGUAUCCUGUCAAAACUGAAGAUGACAAAGAUGCUCACAAAGAAGCCGGAGAGCUGUUAGCAAGCCUGGGAGUAAAGAGUUGACCUGUAUUGUGAUGUGAAAUCUCUUAUUUUGAAAUUACGUAAGAUGACAGGUCAUGAAAUUUUAAUAUAAUUAUUGAUCAACAAGGUAUAUUUAUAAGAACUUUAUAAAAACUCUUUUUAUAGGAUAUAUGUCACUACACUUUAUCAAAGCGUCUAGCAUUUAGGGAAGAGAAUUGAUGCACAGCACUAAAGUGAGACAGAUUAUUAUAGUGGGUGUAAUUGUAAAUGCCGCGAACAAGUCAUAGCAGUUAAGAUUCAAAAUGAGUUCUCUAGCAAAGUUCUAAUUGUAGGUUGAAAUCCCACAAGAAACUGUCAUUUUUGUUCAUAUUUAAUCAUUCCUUGAUUUCAAUUCCAAAAUAAAUUUGUUAUACAGAA